AUAUAUAUAUAUACAUAUAUAUGUAUAUAUAUAUAUAUAUGACAAUAUAAAUGUAUUAAUAAAGAAAAUGACAAUAAAACAACAUUAUGUUGCAACAACAUUAAGUUAAACAACUCUAAAAUAACUCAAAUAACUGUGUUCACCAACAAGAAGGACAAAGUAAAGUCAGGAUCAUGAGGUUCACAAUUUUCCUCCAUCAGUCUCUUCCUCUGACAUUUACGUGAUACUCAAUAAAACUUUAUUAGCCGGGAUGAAGAGUUAGUUGCGGUCAGUUACACCCAACAGCUCAUUUAUACCCUCAAAAAAUUCGUUGGAUGGUCUCCUACUGUGAAAUGUCUGAUUAAACAUUUAGCUGUUUUAAGGUACUAUCCCAAACUAGAUUCAAAAAAUCUGCCUUAGAUCCCCAUUCAAUGACUUGUGUGUCACUAUGAUAUAGUUUUAUACCAUCUAACUCCCCCAUCUACAGCAAGAAAAAUACUCUUAAUAAAUCAGUCAGUUGGGCCACAGUGUUUUGAUCUACUGUUCUUCACUGACAUGUUCUUAUACUAACAUCCUUGAUCUUAAGAAAAUGGUUGUUGAAUUAUGACCAAACUGUUUGUGUUUAAUGUUGUUGGAGGCCACUCUAGAGAGACGGCAAAUAUUUAUGUCGCUAACUGGAACACAAGCUCUGAAAUUGUAUGUGUGAUGUUCUGAAGGGCACCAAAUGUAUUUUGAAGCUUAAUUAUAAAAAGGUUGUUGUGCCAAACCUGGAGUCAUGUUGUGUGUAAAGCUUGUUUGGUGGCUCAAAGUGUCCAAUCCUUUUCAAAAUAACCCAGAGUGUCACUUUUAGGUCGAUACCUAUGUGAAUUCAUCCAUUUAGCAGCAAAGUAGGGACAUCUGAAUUGAUUUAUAGUCCCUAGAUAAAUGCAAAACCAAUUUUUAGUCUCCUUUUAGCCUUGUUGUGGCCUCAAUCAUCCACUGGGUGAAAAAGCCGACCUUAGAGGUGCUAUCUUCUCCUGUAGACCUGUAAGUAAUCUCGACAAAAUCCACCCAAGCCAAGAGGACCCAGUCUUGGCAGGAAAACCACACACAGUUCGUUCUCUCAAUUCUUUUUCAGUCGCCAAAACCACUGGACCAAAUAAAACUAUAUCCCAAAAUGAGUUUUAAAAAAUAAAUUCAAUCUAAGCAUUGAAAAGACAUGUAUUCCAUAUUUUUGUCUCUUUCUACUGCACCAGCCACUUCCUGUGCUUAAUUAGUGAGUAGAGUCUUCCUGCAAAGCAAUGUAUCUGCCACAUGCUUGUGAUUAAGGCAGCAAUUAGGUAAAUAUUGGUUUUGUGUAUAAAAACUGAGGUCAAACAUCAAAUCAGAUAAGGUCAAAUGCAAUGAACAUGCAAUCUGUGCAAGAAAAAUCUGCUUGUUAAUUGUAUAAGUUUUGCAGUCACUUUACAUCUUAUGAGUUAAAAUAUUCCCACCAGUGCGCACUAGUAUUGUACAAAUCAUACAGAGUAAUACAAAUCAAUGAGGAAAAAGGGAGUCUUCAACAUCUUCAUUAAGGAGAACAGCGCUCCAGCCUGUGUUUCAGGCCCGGUUUGGGAUUUGUCCAACUAAUGUGAGCACAUUGUUACAUAAAAUGAGUGUUUCAGAUGUAAAUGGAGGCAAGAGGUGAGGCAGCAGCCUUGUGCAGACAGUUGUGGUGCAGACGCAGAGAGGACGAGGCCCCUGGAGGAGGUAGAGCUGAGAGUUAAUGAUCUUUCUGUAUGCAAAGGCCACGGUUCAAAAGGCACUGGGAUGAUAGGAAGUGGCAAAACCCCAUUAACUCCAUGACAGAGUCUGCCACCAGUGUAACACUCUCUUCCUCUUUGUCUUUCCAUCUACGCUGGUUCUUUCUCUUCUUGCCUCUUUUCUUCUUUCUGAUUCUGUCUUUUUUUUGUGAUAUAUAUAAUUCCUGUGUCUUAUCACUUCGCCUCUGAGAUUGUCAUUUCAUGCACACUGAACCCAGUGACUACAUAACCAUAUUAAGGUAAUAGUUAAUGCAUUUACAUGGCUCACACUAAUCUAAUUUCUUCUAUGUAACUUAAUCAUGUAUGAUUUUUCUUGCAUACUGACCCUGUCCCUAUAGUUACCAUUGCUACACUUAUAUGGAUUGUAAGCAUAUGCGCUGAUAUUCAAUGUUACAUGAUACACAGUUUCUUGGGAAAAGACUGGAUUACAGUCAUAACUUUGCUUCUCUUCACUUUGUUCCUCUAAGACUUACUGCUUCUCUGUCACAUAUUAAACUAUUGGCAGUUGCUCUUAUGGCAUAUUUUGUUCCAAGGGAGUUCAGUCACAUAAUAUUUUUAUACAUCUCACCCAAGGCAACGGCUGAAGUUCUGUGUGAUGUUUUCCAUGAUGCUGUUGCUAGCAUAUAGACUCAACAUGGUGACAAACUGGUUAAAAAAGCUGGCACUGGGGUUGGAAUCAAGUUGGACUCACUGUAGGAUGUGGUGGAGAGAUGUACAUUGAGUAAGGUGGAGAAUAUUCUAAAAAACAUGGACCAUCCACUUCAUAGCACCUUGAUUAACUAAAAAAAGAAAAAUAAAGGAAAAAAAAAAAACAGCAGUGGUGAACGGCUCCUUUCUUUUCACUGCAGGACAGAGAGAUUCAGAGGAUCUUUUGUACCCACAGCCAUCAGACUUUUUAGUUCUUCCAAAGACAGUAGAUUAGAUGAGAUUCAAGAGAUUACAAUGAAAUAGAAUAAAAUAAGUAAAAUAAAAUGAAUAGAUCCUGAUAGAAAAACUAUCAUCAGCCAAACAGAAAGUCAACUUGUGUUGAAAUAAAUCCACAUUAAUACCUACCUUUAGAUAAUGGCUUUAAAGACUCGCAGGCUUACUUGGGUUUUUCAUUUGUGCAGAAAACAGAUAAAAUAAAUUUGGUCUUGUUAGACAUUAAAUCAAACAAUAACAGUGAAUGUAGGAACACUUUAAAUCCUUCUCUUUGUGUGAGAAAUGAUUAAAUUACCUGGAGCUUAUUUUCAGAAUAGAUUUUUUCAAGUUAUUGUAAACUUGUCUAAAACUCUGUCUAAUUCUCGCAGGACUCCAAAUGCACAUCUUACCUCCUUUUUUAUCGUCUGGGUAAACAUUCAGUGUUUUGCAUACCAGUUUGCCAGGGAGGUUUCAGCUGCAUCAUAAAGGCAUCAUAUGAGGCACACUCCCAUCUGUGAAAGUGUAAAAAUGAUGAUUAUACUUUGGAGAAGAGGUUACACACUUGAACCUAAAAACAUUGAACAAUAACACCUUUUCUGUUCCUCACUACAUGACACACUCCACCGAGGCUGCACAUGAGCGUAUUGUUAGUUGUGCCAACAUGCAGGCUUCUAUCAAAGCUAAAUCAUCUUCAGUGUCCACUGAUUUGGCUUCCCUGCAAACAACCCAAGCCCACCAAAAAAAACACACGAUAAAUUCACACAACAGAAAAACUUGUCAGUUGACGAGUCAGUGCGUGUAUCCUAACUGGAAUAGGCUGCAGGUGUUUUAAUGUGUUCUACUGGAUGGAUUCCACCAUACAGGAAGGUGCUUUGCUUGCAUAUGUAGGCUGGCGUGUGUUUUAAUGAAGGCUGGGUUGGAGGAUUUGCCAGUUUUCAAAGCUGUUUUGAUGUCGUUGCUCUUGAUGUCUAUUUAUUCAGAUUCUGCCCUUUCACUCGCCGUUCGCUUUCCGGUCAUUUGUACCCUCUGAUUACGCUAGGGUUUUUGGAGACUCAACAUCUAACCUCAUGAAUUUGUUGUGAUAAAAAGUCAAGAAUCAUCCCUCAGUUCUGACAGCUGAUUGAAACUUUUUCAGGCAUCUCCUGUCGACAUAUUUAUGGCUGUGUAUCUCAGAGAAGACAGAGAGUCCAGACUCAAAGGCAGGGCCGCAGACAGGGCAUGAUAUGUCAGAAGCACCCAGCAAGACACAUACUAAUGACCUGGACUUGCUGCCAUUUAGUUGCUGUCAUAGCCAGCCAGCUUCAAAAUGCCACCAACUGCGUGCAUAUAAAUCAUUGUACACAGAGGGAGAAGCAGAGAGGAGAUACAGUGUGCAUCUUUAGACACAAAUUAUGUUUUGAAUAAAGAGAGGAAAACAGCUAAAUCCUUGUAUGAUGCAAUGAAGACUUAGUUCUGUGCCAUUUCAUUUUAAUUUUAAAAGGCAUCAUUUUUGUGCAAUCUAGAUGGUCUAAUAUGCAUAUUUUAAGGUGCGCAGCAUAAAGUGAAUCAAGGUGUGUUUGACUUCGUUUUAAAAAAUCGGGAAACAAAACAAGGCUCACAUAGGACUCUGGAGGACUCACAGUACAGAGUUAGUCUUCUUUAUAGAACAACUUGAGACUAAAGGGAGAAGAAAAAGUAGAGAAUAAGGUUGAGGAGGUUUUGAAUUCCACUGAAAUUCAUCACUCUGCUUCCAUAAUAGAGGAAAAUGUCAAAUAUGAAGAGUUUAUGAACGCUUCAGGUUGAUAAGGUGAAAAAACCUUGAUUGUGAGAUCAGUUAGGAUCAAAAGUAGGUGAGGCUCCAAGAGAUGGAAGAACUUAUCUUUUGCACCACCCCUGUUAUUUUACUUUCAUUACCCCCCCCCCCUUUUUUUAAAUUUAUUUUUAUUUUUUUUCAUUUCUACCAUAUUUCAUUUAUCCUCUUGUGCCAUGGCUUCACUGACAAGAAAGUUGGCCUGUAUAACUCACCUGUCUGAUGUGAUUUUGGGACACAUCCAGCACCAGUAAAAGCGAUGAGUUUCUCCCUCAUCCUUUAACCUCAAUCAAUGAGGUGUCACCAGCCCCCUAACUGACAGUCAUAAAUAUCCGAGUGGAAAUAUGGCAGAGAUAAAGGGAGGUCUAGGGGCAGGGACUGCGGGUUGCCGGAGAGAAAACAGACAACCGACAGUCUGCUUUGGAUUGGAGUUGACAAAUGAGCUGGGUAAUGGGGCAUUGGCGUUUUGCGAGCACAGUAGAAAUCUAGUUCUUCAAAAUGUUACUGUCUGACAAUCAAAUCAGCCCUGAACUGCGAUCUGUCUCACUUAGGCGACUGGAUCAGGGUAGUAAAUCCACAGGCCAGAGGGACUGUACUCUGAAGACAGAGAUUUGAGUCAUGUUUAGUGUAAUGAGCAGGCUGGUAAACUGCUGACAGUGACUUGUAUUACACCAGGCAGUGUGAGUUGUCUUCCACUGUCCAUGAUGCUGAAAACAGAAAUACUUCAUGGCACACAAUGAUAUGACAUACUGUACCAGAUGACAAAGAUGGAACUGACAGCCACACCUGCAUUUGAGAGAACUUUAUCCACUCCGAACAACAGGCAGAAAGAUGGUUAAGUGUUGCCAUCUACUGGCCCAACAUGGAACUACAAUAACCAUAUACUGUCAGCAUUAAAUUGCUAUUGCAUCUCUGCUUUACUCCUCCAUUGCACCUGAUUUAAGAGGGGAAUAUUGAACUUUAAUUCCAAUCAUAGAUGUGUAACAUGGAGUUUAUUAUUAUUAUUAUUAUUAUUAUUUUCAAUUUGUUUAUUUGACAGGGACAGUACAUCAAGCAUUGUUGCAUCUAAUUAAAGAGCAACCGAUACUGUGUAUGCAGGACUUUCCCUGGUUAAACAGCACAUAAUACAUAAACCACUUAAUAAAAACCAACAUUAUAGCAGGUGCACACAGGCAAUCAUCUAUUUGAAAACGGCAAAGCAGACAAAACAAGCAGUUUCUUCAUUUCACAAAAAUCCAGAGACUUCCUUACAUACACACACACGCAUACACAUGGAUACAUACAUACAUACAUACAUACAUACAUUCAUUCAUACGUAUAGACACACGUACAUGCCACAAUAAACAUAUAUGUAAGUUAGUGUUCACGUAUUUGUCUUUAUUUAAGCCAUAGUUUCGUUUUGAUGUUGAAGGCUUUGGGGUCCUUUAAUGUUUUUAUUUCUGAUGGUAAUAUGUUCCAAAUCUGUGGACGUUUGACUGAGAAGGAAGACUGUCCACAAACCUAUCCUGCGCUUUGUGGUUUUACAGUCUCCACUGACUGCUCUUCUUGUAGAAGCUCCUUUAAAUGAGUAUCUUUUAAUCAUUUUGCUAACUAGGUCUGGGGCAAAGCCAUUCACACACUAAAAAAACAGUUAAAGACAUAAAAGAUUUAUGAAAUUGUCGAAGCUCAACAAGUUGUACUUUUGUAGCACUAUGCAAUGGUGCCAUUUCAUUGGCUUUUAAUCUAGUGUUUCUAGGGUUUGUUUUUAAAAUGACAGCGCGGGCUUCCAGAUCAUUAAUCUUUAAAUAAAGAAAAAAAAAACACAACAACAUGUCCAGAAGUUUAAGGACAUCCACUCUGGGCAUCUGGGCAUAAAAACAUGUACAGGUGUGAGUGAAAGUUGGAUGCCAGCGCUUUGCCUGUCAGUCACUUUGAAACUCCUUGGUGUCAUAGGACUGCAGUGCAGGGUUAUUACUGAGUGCACUCUGGAGGCAGCAGUACAGAAAAAGCCUCUUGGUGGCUGCAGAUCCUGUAGGGAAACACUUGGGCACAAGUCUGGGAUUAAUCACCCCUGCCUUGGUCACCAGGGCGCAUUUGAAGAUAAUUAAAAGAAACAUUUUUAUUCUUGUAUUUUAUGUUUUUUUUAUGGUUUAUAUUUAAUUCAUGGAGUAUUAUAAAUCAUAAGUACAAUUUGUGGAAUCUGGACUUUAAAAAGUACUUUCAGAGAAGUACAAUUUUGGGCACAUUGAGACAGCUUGGAACUAUGAUUUUUACACCCCAUCAUGAUUAUCUAAUUUGCACUUUUUCACACUGCUGCAUCCAUUUGGCAACAACUAUUUCUUUUUUAAUAGUUCAGUUAUCCUUAGGAAUGACUGGUUAUCCUCUUCCUGUCUUUGUUUAUGCACAGAGUGGUAAGACCUCAUGUCCUACGCAAGUCCUGUGAUGCUUCUGUCCUCCAUUAUCAUCUCUAAGUAAAUAAAUCCAUAUUUGUACUUUUGACUUGAACAAAAUUCACCUUUAUCCUCAGAAAUCAACAUUCCACUCCUGCAGUCACUCCUACUGUAAACUAUUUAGCAACAAUUUUAAAGUAUGUCUCCCACAAUUGUCAAGUAUAUACAACUAUUUAUUGUCUAACCAGGGGAGCUUACAUUCAUAUUCAAUCCUCCAAAAGAGGUUAGAAAACCUACUUUGUAGGUGGAGUUGUACAAAAUCUGCUCACUUUAGGACUAUAAAUUUAAACCUGCUAGAUCCAAAGUUGGUAGAAUUUGUUUUUCCUUUUCCAAAAUUAUUCCAAGCCACUUGUCUUCUGUAGCUGCUGCUGGAUGAUUUCAGCCAAAAGUGCUCACAGCAGCAGCAGCUUUGUAUCACUCCUCUGUCCCAGGCCGAUAAAGAAACCCACAUUUAGACCCUCAAAAGUAACUGGGUCUGAAACACUUUGCUUAAAGCCCCUGUGGGGAACUUUCACUUUGUGUCACACUUACACCCUCGCACUGGUUUUGGGCAUUAAAAAUUAUAAUUAUCAAAAACAUUCACUCAUGUCGCUGAUGGGCUUUUUUGCUUUUGGAUGUCAUGGAAAAGCAUCAACAUAAAUAUUGUUCUAUUUCAUAUGUGUGAAAAAAAAACUCCUUGCAGGAGCUUUAAUGUAUUAUUGAUGUUGUUCUAGCGACCCUGGCAGCUGCUUUUUAUGCAAUGGACUUAACUAAAAAAGUGUAUUUAUCAAUUGGAAGUGUGUUUUGUUGCGCAAAGUCGUACCUUGGUGAUUUUGAAACCUUUUUAUAUACUUCUGGGUACUUUUUACAUCAGGAAAAAUAUAAGAACCUCAAUCUUGCACUUGCUAGUAUUUCACAUACCAGUGUAUCUUGUAAUCAAUUAAUGGCAAAUAGAGGUAAACCUUUCAACAAUCAAUCUGUGCAUGCUUAACUUCUGAUUAUAGCGAUUAAAAUUCCUCCUCACAGCAUUGGAGUGCUUUCAAAUCACACUUGCAACUUCAAGGCUUCUUCUGUCUUGCACAGCUCAGUUUUGCCAGGUGUCGCUGGACUGUCUUCAUUUGCAUAAGCUUUGGAUCUCAGCUGCACACACAAUCAAACCUGACAAUUGCACCCCUUUCCUGGAAGCCUUAUUGGCUCUGACUUCGUCUAGACUUUUAACAAGCACAUGACGAAGUCCAAUGAAGAGCGGGUAGCAUUAAAUUAAACUGUGGUAAAUAGCUCAUUAGCGUGUCUGCCGUAUUUUUAAAGGUCAGUUUAAUAAUCUGCCAGAAAGUUCUAAAAUCCUUUUCUCUUUGCAGGUGUUUCAUGCAGCUCAGAGUGACUCAGCCUGAAACAGCAGAAUAAUGCGGAAAAGCAAGUAUGAACAGUCCCUUUAUUUCACUUCCUUGUGUAGGGGUGCUUGCCUGCUCUCGCACACCCUCCGCCCCGCACAGACAGUCAGACAGGCCGGGUAGUAAUGAAGAGGUGACCCGGCUCCAGACCUCCGCAGGAAAAACAUUGCACACAUCGCCACCUGUAGGGGCUUUUCCGGGCUGCAGCAACAGAGAAGACAUGCUGGGUAUUUUUGUGAAAACUUCAUGAAGAUCCCCUGAUUGACUUGAAUCAGAGGCAACCUCUCCUGUGCUGAGGGUGCAUACCUGUGCGGACUUGCCCGCAGUCCGUUAGGUGGGACUUAUCGGAGGAGGCGAGACACACCUUAGUCUUACCUUUUGUGGCUUUACGGCGCCCACCCACCCCUCCCUUUCUUUGCCUCUCUCUCUCUUUCGCUCUCUCUCUCUCUAAAAGUGGAGAAUUAAACUAUCUGGACUCUGAAAUGUCGACAAAUGAUCGAGCCACGCGAGCUCUGAGGGAGAUCCUACAAAACCCUGGAAAUGAUGUUUGCGCAGACUGCGGUGCGCCAGGUGAGCUGAAACUACUCAAAGUGAACUUAGCUCUAAAAUGCUACUCGGCAUGUCUGCAGCCUGUGUUAGUACAGGAAGUCCAAAGUGUUUACCUGCGCUGACAAGUACAGGUAAUCAUUAAAACUUGUGGUUGGUGUGCUUUUUCCGCAAAAUUAUUCAUGUUAUGUAUUAUUUUAGAGAAGAAUUAGCUGAACAUCCCAGAUGUUAUUCAUUUUUCUUCAUUUUUUAGGUUAUCGGGUGACAAUGAAACUUAAAAAUCUAGAAAAUUGAGCUUUUUUGGAGCCCUUGAAUGCACCAGCACAGAUGAAGCUUUGGUAUUCAGGGCUGGAAAUUGCAUUUUGAAAACUUUGGGAGUUCAGCAAGUCUCAGCAUGCAGGAUGGAGGGCUUGGACACAUUACUAGUUUUAACCCAGCUGUGAGGGUUUCUUGUGGAAGCAGGGGAGAACAUUUUGGUGUAUUUUAAGGGCCAAUGUUUGACUGUGACCCCAAAAGUUACUGGAAAAUAGUAGUAAAGAGGCGGGCCUGAAUGUGUUAUUUUCAUGGGGCCCCAAAUCUCUGCGGUGCCACUCCUGUUUGGAGGCUAACUGACAACGUUCAUAAAUGAUUGUUUGAACACAGAAUCUGCCAAGAGACAACUGCCUGUCUUUUUAAGUUUUACAUGGAUAAAUACACAAUAAAUGUAGACUAUCUGUUUUCAGUAAUGAGGAUAAUAUGAAGAGAAGUAAAAGAGUUAACUCAUUUAGACAUUUCUUUAGGAGCGAGAGUGACAAUUUAAUUUAGCCAAAUGUAAGCUAACCACACUGCACAUGCAAGCUGUAUGGUCAUAACUUCACUCUUCUUGAUGUCCACCCUUGAAUCUGUUAGAAACUUUGCUUUACAGCUCACUAAUUCUUUGUAGUUUCUCUCUCUUGUUUCAUACAGCAAAUCGAGCAUAUAGUGUUCAAGGACACAUGUCUCUGGCAAACUAUAAAAACACCAAGUAGUCUUAUUUUUUUCACUCUGUUUCUGUUUAAGUGAAAGUCUUUUGAAUUGAAUUGGAAAACCUCUGAAUUUAGGCCCAGAGGCAGCACAUAUCUGUCGCUGAGCAGUGUAGCAAAUACAAUGACACAGCUUAUCUAUAUCUAUCAGGGAAGCUUGACAGACUGCACAGUCCACAUACUUAAUCAUGAAUAUAUGACUUUUAAAAGCUGGGAGGGUAAGCGUCUUGCUGCAAGACAGCUUUCUCUGCCAAGUUCCUCAAAAUUCACCCCCCAGUGAUCACGUUCAGGCACAUUUUCUUGUCAUUCUAACCAAUCCUUAAGAUCUGACACAAAAGAGAGUCAGUUUGAUUCGUCAUCUGCAUGUGCAUGCUGGUUAAUUUUUUACCUAACCACCCUGGUAUUGUGAAAUAAUGACAUAUACUAAAAAUGAGAACGAGCUAGCUCAGACCUAGUGUUUGAGAGUGAAAUUAAAAGCCCUGUUGUAAGUGCUUACGCAUCAGUGAUCUGCUGUGAUCAAACACAAAAGCUCUGUUUACUGGCAGCUGCAUUGUGUGACUCACAGAGAUAAGACAGGUGUGGUCAAAGCAGAGAACAUGUCAAGUGUGCUCAAGCUUAAAUCAGAAAAAGAGGGACACAUUCACCCUGAAGAAUUUCAAGUACAAGUUAAAAAAAAACAAAAAACAUUGAAUUAUCCCUACACAAGAAAACAUGCAUCUGUGUAAGACUAAUAUCUGUCUGUUAGCUGUUAGCUCUGUUCAUAAACACAGUGUGUAAAUCAUUAGCAAUCCCAGCAAUGUAACAGUUAACCUGAUCUAGCCGGGUGACCUCUGCCUUUCCUGUCCUCUUUACAACCUUUUUUUAUUUUUCAUAUGCGGGUAAUGGAGGGGGUGAGUCUGACGGUAAUGUAAUACAUGCCAGUAGCCCUGGUGAUAACCGUAUUGAUGCCUUGGCUUUUGCCAUCCAUUAAUCCCCAUUUUUCCUCAUGUCCGGGUUAAGCCGCCAUGAAGACAAAUGAUCAGUUGAUCAGUUUUGCAUGAUCUUUACAAAGUCAAUUCUCUGUUCCAUUUUCAACCACAUAAGUAUAGAACUUUGCAGCAUGUAGCAAGUUACAGCGGAGAGAUAAAACAGGCAGAAACCUCGAGCAAGACCGGACUCAUGUUAGACAGUCAUUUGCUGAAACUGAGCUGGGUUUAGAGAGGGGACAGGGGGAGAUGCAGAAAGAGAGAGAUGGACAGAGGUGAGACUGAGACCCUUAAAUAAGUAUCACGUCAGACCUAAAGUUUGAUAUAAACGUGAAGCUGCACCGUAACCAGAUUUAUAAACAGUCUUUCUUUCAUCAAGAAUAACCACAUUUAGAGGAAGCUACUUCUCUUAAGGUCAUUGAGGGUUUGGUUUGCUCACCAUAAAAAGAAAAAAAAAAAAACAUCAGUAUAGCAUGAAGACUGUUUUCAUAACUGAUGAUAGUUUGUUUAAGAAAACCACAGAGCCUCAAUAGCAGUAAAGACCACAUUACCUAUUCAGAGUAUUUCCAUUUUGUUGUACAUGAAGCACCUUUAUUAUAAUUACAUAAGUAGAGGUGCUGAUACCAUUUGGAGGAGGAGGAGGAAAACCCGAGCUACACCUAACACUUCAUACCUAUUUUGUUCUCUCCAUCAUCCUCUCUGCAGAUCCCACAUGGGGCUCCUGUUCCCUGGGAGUGUUUAUCUGUCUGGCCUGCUCUGGGAUCCAUCGUAACAUCCCUGAUGUCAGCAAGGUCAAGUCUCUGAGUCUGUCCCACUGGGAGGACCACGAGGUUCAGGUGAGACCACAUGGGCUGAAUACACAGUGGGUUUUUGUAGAUUGAUGUACCACCUGCUCUUCAGUAGUGAAGGUAUCUGCUGUGGACAGGAAUCGCUUACUAUGAUGAGUAGGAAGACCCCAGUUUCUGUAGAUGGAGCUCUCUCUGUUGUAACUCAGUGGUGUUCGAUGUCAAAAGAACACUAUGUUGAUGCUGAUAAACUGCAUGCUGAUAUUGUUCUUGUGCAUUUACGGAUAGACCAGAAAUAAUAAACUGUCUGUAACGAAGGAUGACCUUCUGAGUAUCUUGCAGCCAUUAAAGGCAGGAUCAGAAAAGUACACCGCUUUAAAUUCCUCUAAUAAAAACCCUCAUCGGAGAAAAAUGUUUCCACUCUUCACUAAGAAGCCUUUAUGAGAAACUAAAUCCAGCUCACACUGAUUAUUUGAAAACAUUCUUGGCUGGUUAUAUCUAAGCGUUGUGAAAUUUCUACAGAGGAGUCACAGCAACCGGGAGAUGGAUGAAGCUGGUGCUUUGCACAUCUUUAUCUACAAAUAUUUCUCAUCACUCAGAUUUAUUUUGUUAUUGAUUCUUCCAACAUCGGAUUUUAUUCAGGCUGAGAUAAUUCUCCAGCAGAACUGUCAGUUAGUGUGAAUAAUCUCUUUAAUUUCAUAUGUUUACAGUUCAUGGCUGAGAAUGGGAAUGAGCUGAUGAAGAGUAAAUACGAGGCUGCUGUUCCAGUUUAUUACUACAAACCGACACACAAAGACUGCCAGUGAGUAACCAUGGAAACCCACUACAAAUACACUUCAAAAAGACCCACAUAUACGCCAAUCAAAUGAACGAUGCAUGUUUUCUCCCUUGAAGUAUUGCUUAUUUUGCACUCAUAUUUAAGCGUGUAAAUGUGUGAUCAUGUGUCACCAUACAUGCCAUGUUUAUAUAUGAGAAUGGGUGUAUUUGCAUGCAGAAUCUGUCAUUUUGAGUUUAAAGUAUAUGAGAAUAUAAGUGAAAAUGCUGAUGAAUCUAUUCCCGUUGGUAAACGAGAAAUGACUUAAAUAUCAUGAUAAUUUUACCAUCAAACUGUGGAUUUUCUAUUGAUGCUUUUUCUGCUUUUAAAGUGUGAAAUACUACUGGUAAGGUUUUAGGUCUGUGAGUUUUGUCCUCAAACUCUUUGUGCCAGCUCACCUUGUACUUGAUAUUCUUCAGUGUGAAGUUCAGACAGAGUCAGCUCUUGACAGCUCACUACAAGGGUGUCUUUUGGCUGAAAUUCACAGAUUCUCAGACAUACCUCAGUCUUGCUGCUAUCUGCGGACUAAUUCAGGUCAGUCAGGUUCUGGAGCAACUAUCUGAGACAAAGAUGCUUCUCUGAGCCAUUUUAACAUGAUAAAUGAGACUCCGGUCGAACAGAAUCGUUGUUUGUCACUUGUGAGGGCAUGUUUAUUUUCAUGUGUCGCGUCUUCACUAAUGACUGCAAUUAGAGCAGCCUAUAGUUUGUGCACACAUUACAAACAUGAUUUAUUGCAUUCAUCCUCAACUCGUGAUUGUGUUGCUAACACGGUUCGAAGUAGCUCUGUGUUUGCUGUGAAGUCUACCCAUCCAUGGUUCAUGCAUUUGUGAGUAAGAGGCUAUGUGGUGCUUUUUGAUGUGUCCGUGUCCGUUGGUGUCUGUAACAUUACCUAUGAUGUGAAUUAUGUAAUCAAAUUGAUCUUCCUUCAGGUGAGCAGUUGUAAAGUCCUAGUUUAGUUGACAUUGUGUUUGAUGCCCCAAUAUAGGCCUAGGUAGGUAGGCCUACUUAAUUCCCUCUGUGCUCACCCCACGCUAGUCUCUGCCUUUGCCGUUGACAGUGUAUAACUUUGCCUUUGUCUCUUUUUCUCUUUGUUUGACUGGAUUUCCUCAAAUUCAAGUAGAAAAAAUUACAUGUUGGGUUCCCUAAGACUCCAUCCUGGGGCAUCUCGAAUUGAAUUUCCCUUUGGGGAUAAAUAAAGUUCUUCUUAUCUUAUCUUCUGUUUGACGACUACAUACCUCUGCUGGCUCAUGUUAUAGAAAACAACAAAAUAAGUUACCACAACUAUGCAGAUGACUGUGACCCCAUACAGGUGCUGACUAAGUGCCUUAAACAAAUCCACAAGUUUUUGUGACUUUUUUUUUUAGUUAAUCAAGGAUAAAACUGAGGUAGUUGUUUUUGCAGCUAAACAUAGUAAGUCUGUCAGCAGCUUCAGAUGUAACAGUUGACAAGACUGACUUUGGCUCCAGUGUGUUUACUAACCCUCUGAAUCCUUUGUUAUCCACCAUCAAAAAAGCCCAGUUGUCUUUGGCAAUAAAUUCAGUGAUACAUCUCGGGAACUCUUGCACUAUACCACUGUCAUGCUAAAGAGAGGCUGUAAACAUUUUCUUCGGAGUCAUUUGUUCUAGAUGGAGUUUUUCCUUGUGCCUUCUUGCAUCUUUCCAGAGGGACAGUUUCACAAGUGGCUUUGUAUUUUACUUAUAUCCCCCUGAUGUGUAGGUCACAAACAGACAUCCACUUUGAUAUCAAAACACUUUUGUUGUCAUGAUAUUGUGAAAUUUAUGGCACCGUUACAUCCUUAUGUAAUGAAUCUUGCAGAGAUGGUUCUUUUGGACGUCUUUGAUUUGAUCAACUAGCUCACAAACCCUUAAACUUAAGCCAUACCCAGCCAACACCACUGCUGAAACUUUGUCUGAAGCACUUUUGUCUCUUGCUCUGCUACAGAUGUGUGUUUUCUGUCUCCAAUUUACCUGCUUGACACCCAACAAGUCUGAGUCUUACUGUGUGUGUAACCGCUACAGCACCAGGCGGCUCUCUGGAAGGAAUGUUUGGAAUUGUAUGAAUGUGAAGCAGAGCUUUUUUUUUGUGGGAGCAAAUCUUCUCGUGGUAUUAAAUGAUAGCUGCCACAGUCACUCUACCUCACAGUGUCUUUGCCUGACUGAAAUAUGAAACGUGUGUGUUGAAUGGAAGAAGAACAAACCGCAGAAUCUGUGAAAUAAUUCCCCUGAAGACAGCCCAAACCUCCACACCCUUUUCUGUUUCUUGACACAAGGGACGGGCGAUAUGGGCUAAAAAAAAUUAUCACAAUAAGUUUUGCCGUUCUGGUGAUAACUAUAAAAGGCCUGAUAAAAAUAAUGUAAUUCCAAUCCAUGUUUUUGACUCAUUCUGUCUUGAGAACCCCACAAACAUUGUUCUUUGAUGGCACUUAACAGUUGGCAUGGUCAAAGAAGAUACUUAACCACAAGUUGAAAUGGUUUAUUGCAUUUAUAUUAAGAUGGCAAAUGUUCAUCAUGGAGGAUCAAUAAAUCAUGAACGAUAAUUUUUCACCCAUCCCUACUUAACAUAAACACUAGAGUCAAGAUACAGAGUCAACAGAUUAAUCAGCCAGAUUAAUCAUGGCACAGAGCGAUGUCACUGUUGAGCUUUGGAAAUGCUAGAUAGGUGGCAAUCGUGAUUACUACAGCCUCCCGGUCAUCAUGCAAAUGCUGUACCUUGGCUUUUCAGAUGCAUACAUACACAGGCACAUACCCACACACCUGCCUCUUCCUGCUCCUUCCCCUGUGGCUCUUUGACAGUUUGUACCACUGUACGACAACAUUUUGAAGAUACAACGGUCGAUACAACAUAAUUGAGCUGGUAACUAUGAAAAAAAAGGGGAAGCUAUAUGAGGGCAAGGUAGAGCAAACACUCUGCUUUUAAGGAGGAAAGGGAGGGUGCAUUUUGUGUCAAAAUAAAUUAGUGGAAGAAUAUGGUUCAGUCUCAAAAUGGUAAUUGUAAUUGAUACUUAAUGAAGCGCCCAGCUCUAGCUAGAGGCAAAAUAAAGAGGAGAGCCUGAGAAGGUGCACUGAAUCCAUGUCUUGUUAAACAUUCAUAUACUACCUGGCAAGGUUAGCUAACUUAACUAUGAUCAGGCAUUUCUCGUCCUGUUUUAAUGUUUUAGUCUAUGCUUUUGCAUGCAGAGCAGCUUGAAGCAGGUCUGUUCUCACUUUAAACUCUUUACAAGCCAGUCCUAUAAACGUUUUUUUCUGUUUGUGUGUUCUCAGGGUGCUGAGGGAACAGUGGAUCAGAGCAAAGUACGAGAGAAGAGAAUUCACUGAGCCUGGGAAGACCUUUAAGUAUGAGGAGGGUGAGUGUCCAUGCACACACACACACACACACACACACACACAGUACACACACCUGCAUAAUGCAUGCACUACAACAGGGUCAAGCUCAUAAAUGUUUUUUCUGGUUUCCUGCAGGACUUAGAGAUGGCUUGUUGAUGAAGAGGGGGCGGGACAACGGACAGUUCCUCAGCAGACGAUUCGUCCUUUCUGAGAGGGAGGGAACUAUAAAGUACUUCACAAAAUAUGACGUAAGAACCACAUUUAAUGAGAGUCACUGUAGACUCAUAACACCUAAACACUUGAAUGUACUCUCACCUAGAAACACAACCUGAUUUGUUCACGCUGUAGUUUAAAGGCGCUAGUAUACUCUCACAAAUUCCUCAGAGGAAACUCUUAACAUAUAGAUUUUUCACACACAGGCAAUUACGCUCACCACCAAAUGUAUGUGUACCUUUCUCCUCUGCUGAGUCUGAGCGUGCUCAGACAAGCAUAGCCAACAGUCUGUCCUCUCUGUCAGUGUAGCUGAUUCUCCAAGCUGUACACCACCCAAACCAAUUAGAGUUGGGAGCACUGGGAGCGCUUUGUUUGUCACAGUAAACCAACUCAGGCCAAGUGGGAAUAAUGAAUUUAAAAAAAGACUGCAAUUCCACUGCAUUGUGGCACAUUUCUUGGCAUACAAAUGUCAUUUUGUGAAUGCUCUCCCCAUCUUCCUGGAGUGCUUCCACCAUGAAAUAUUUUACUGCAAGUCUCCUGGUGUCUCUGCGACAGAAAACAGUGAAACAGAUACAUCCUCGUGGACUCACAGUGGUGAUAAAAGUCAAAGUGUUGCUGUUGUUCAGGUUCUGGAUGUUUUCAGAGGAGCUUUGAGAUGUGUGAAAUAUAACAGCCUGACUUCAGCUGCCUUAGACUGAAUUUUCUUCUCUCCUCUGUGCUAUUUGUAUGAUGGAGUGUCAACACCCUGAAAAGUGUAAAAUUUAGUCAGUUGUCAAAUGUAUAAGAAAAAGGCAAGAUGGUGAGAUUUUCUCAAGCAAACAGAAGAGCAGAGGUGACGCUUUGACACGGAUCCUGCUCCCGUGGAUGUUCAUUUAGAUUCAUGUCAGGACGGAUUAAAGCUCAGCCUCCACAAACAGGUUUACCGGGAUUAGUGUCAGACUUGGACAUGAUGGUUAUCAGAGAUGCUGGCUGAUGUUGUUGGUGGAAGUUUUAGAUAAGCUACAUAAGAUACGUGAUAUUCAUAUUGAAUUGAAUUUCCAACCUUUUGUCAAAGGAGUAAUCAAAAACAGACCAACAUUUGACCUCAAGUCAAUUUUAACAAAAGGCAAAGGUUAUUUCCUUACAGGGUGGCAGGUAAAAUCUCAUGUGGGGUUCCCCAAGGCCCCGUUCUUGGGCCUCUUCUGUUUAACAUCUUCAUGCUCCCACUGGCCUGUAUUAUUGAAAACAAGAAAAUAAGUUCCUAUAGCUAUACAGACUACACAGAGUUAUACAUAACAAUAUCACUGUCUCUAUUUGUGACUGCUGAUAAAAUGUGACUGAAGAUCUGUUUUAAAAGCAUGUGGUACUGACUAGUACUGAGGUAUAGAACGUUUUGAUGACCUUCUGUAACAUCUAAUCUGUGAUUCAUUUGUUCAUAAUUUUCCCAUAUAAAACAUGACAGACUAUAUGAGAACAUUGCGCUGAACCAACAUGGCACUGAGCUGCAAGCAAAGCUUUCAGUUUGCUAGUUCCCUUUCACUCCUGCAGGCUAAGGAACCCAAAGCUGUCAUCAAAGUGGACUCCAUCAACGCAACCUUCCAGCCUGAGAAGAUCGGGAACCCCAACGGCCUGCAGAUCACCUACCUCAAAGACUACAGCACCCGCAACAUCUUCGUCUACCAUGACAACGGCAAGGUCUGCACCCCUGUGCCACAAUGUGUGUCAUGACCCGUGAAUAAAAGAAUAAAACCUUUAAAAAAAAAAAAGGACAUGUCUAGUGAUUUGAGCUGUUCUCGUGUGUCGUUGUGGGUGAGAUGUCUCCUCUAUAUCAUUAUUUUUUCUGAUGGAUUGAACUAGUGAUGACAUUUAAGCUCCACAUUGAUCAUUUAGUGUCAUUAAGUGGGAUACACACUGAAAUAAAUGGAACACUGUCGUGGAGACGGAAAAUUUAGUCGAGACUGACAUUGAAACCAGCUGCAAAAUUCAUCGAAAUCACAAACUUCUCAAUUUAGAGGUCUAUCUUCGUCUAGUAAAGCUCAUUAAUCUUAGUCCUUUAGGCCUUACAGAACAAAAAAAGUCAAUUUUCUCACACCGCGUCUCUCUCUCUGUCUAUUAGGAGAUCGUAGAUUGGCUUAAUUCAAUCCGUGCAGUUCAGCUUCACUAUCUAAAGGUGGCCUUUCCUGGUGCUACAGAUGCUGAGGUGAGCAAAAAUAAGAAAUGCAUAUAAAUUUAAUAUGUAUCACUGAAAAUGCACGUCUGCUUUUCAUGCACUUUUUCAAUUUUCUUUUUCAGCUAGUGCCCAAACUUACCCGAAACUUUCUGAAGGAGGGAUACAUGGAAAAGACAGGACCCAGGGUGAGGAACGCACAGACACAAACACAAACACAGUAAACUCAUAUUCAAACACUCGUCCUUUCCCUCUUCUCUGUUUCAUCUUAUGCCUGAUUCAAGUGAAAGUUCAUGAAUCAGUUAAUGUAGAUCUUCGUGUAUCAAAACCACCUCAGGAAUUUAUGAAACUUAAUCUACAUAGUGUUAAUAACUAAGCCAGCGUUAAUAACUGAAACAUGAGUCUAAAAAUUGGAUUGAAUGCCUGGGGUUUAGAGGUUUUAAUUACCAUUUUACCAGACCUCCCUUGAAAAUGUUGAACUAAUUUCAGCCUAUUUGCCAAUUAAGCCAAUACCUGAGGGACUUCGGUAAUUUGUAGCAAUUACAGAGAUCAGCUGUAAUUAUACGGAGGACGUCCACCAGUUUAAUGUCACAAUUCCAGCUGAAAAAUACUUAAUUUUCCUGCUAACAUCCGUGCUAAUCUAAAUUAUAAUUAAGCUUCAAGGUGUGACAUCUUUCAUUUCAAUGAGGGUUUUGAACCUCUGCAUUUCUUUUUUAAUGAAUACAGGAAAAAUAAAGCCCUAAUAGACCAAAUUAGAAAACCACAUCAACAUAGUAAAAUUCUCAUGCACAGUUCAGCACCUGUGCCUUUCUACAACCAUUGUUAGUUUUCACAGACAGAUUUCAGAAGUAAUUUAGUGUCCAUGUGGUUAUUUCCACUACAGACUCAUGCCUGUUUUAAUGUACUUCAAGGACCAUUAUUCUUAAAUUAAAACUAUUUGAAACUAUUUGGUCACUAAGUCUCUCAUAGAUCUGUUAACCACUCAGCCCCUCUGUAUACUCUUUUUAUACCUUGUCAUGUAUUACGACCAUAGACUGUAUCUAGAAUGGACAGCGUCUGCCUUCUCACUGGGUGAAGCCACUCCGAGAACAGCACACUCGAGCCAUCCUUAUGGAGCUGUGGACAAACUUUAGAAAUUUAUUACACAGAAUAUACAUUCUUCUUCCCCCUGCUUGUGAUGUUGACAUGUAGUUACAGUAAGACUAGUUUGUGCUCAAGUUCUCGUUUUUCUGUGAAGCUCAGUUUUUAAAAGUUAUUAGGGGGUUCAUGUUUUCUAUGAUUGACACUUGAUACAGCCUAUGGGCGUACGAAGAUUGUGUAGCUCACCCGUGGGAUACGCUGUUUAAAACCAUCCCUUUAACCUAAUGGGAUGGUCUUCCAGGUCCCUUUUUUUUAGCAUUUAACAUCUAUUUUACUGUUCUGUUGUUGCUGUCCCUACUCACCUGAAACAUGUUCCUUGAAUUAGGACUGUUGAUAUUUGAUGCAUUUUCUUUGCACUGUUUUCAAUUAAAUUUAGGUUGAAGUGAUUCAUCACAAGCCAUCGAAUUCUGUUUAAUUACAUUUCACACAGCAUCCCAACUAUUUUUGGAAAUGAGUUUGUAUUUUAUUCCCUUUGAUUAAAGGGAUAAAUGUUGUAAUCCACAUCUAUCAUGCAAUCUUAACUGGAUCCGAUCAAAAGGAUCAAACCUCAGCUUAAUUCUGAAUUUAUUUACGGACUAAAAUUCAAUUGAACUAGUCAUGGUUCCCUCCUCAAAUCCCUCCCUGUGAUCCCCGGCUCAUUUUCUCUCUGCUUUAACAGAAUAGGAUCUGGGCUGAGAGGUUAACUAGCCCAGCUGUCAGUGUGGCUGCUUUACAGCGCUGCCCGCCAGACUGACUGACAGCUGAGAGGUCCUACCUGUCUGCUCCCCGGCCGGCCGGUCCGUCUGUGAGGGAAUAAAAGGCUUCUAGUCGAGGACCCGCUUAAUCCUUUGGUGUCCAAAUCUGAAAACACACACAGAAACACAUUGUAUUGGGAUUAAGCUGACACACAUGUCUCUGUUUCUGUGUCGUACCAACACUUUUAGAGAAGCAUUUGUACUGGAAUAAGCUUUUUUUUCCAGACUUCCGACUUGAACACACAUUGACAAGAUCAGUCUUUUAUUCAGACUGUUUAAUCUAUGUCUGUCAGACUCCGUGAGGAAAGGACUUACCGGCUUCAUUUAUUGGACUGAUUUGCUUAAUGGACAUCAAAAUUCUUUCUUCUCACACUUUUUCAAGAUGAUAUUUGGCCAAGACUUAUAUGGGCAGCAGUCAAUUUCUACUUGAUGUUUUGAAGUCAUUUUAAAAUGAAGAUAAAUCCCUUGAGUUAGAGUUGGGGUUAUAAUAUGGGGUUAUAAUUAGAGCUCCUUUUGGAUGCCUCUAGUAUGCAUAUUCCCACUUGGUAUUUGCAGUUAAUGGACUGAUAUCAUCUUAAAGUGACAAUGCUGAUAUGUCUUAUGAUAUUAGACCUCUAAUUAGGAAGAACAGAUAACUUUAUCCCUUUGCAUUGUUACAUGGGAACUUUUUUAAGAGUAUUUAUGAACUAAAGGAUAAAUUUUAAAAAUAAUCAGGGAGCAAAAGCGACAGCCUCGAGCACUGGAAAAACUCACAGACUCAGACAAAGUCUGAGAAAUCACUGACGUUUAAAUUCUUACCAGGAAAGAGCCAGAUAAAGAUCAGGGUAUGAAUCAUCUUUAAACUAAAACACAGACAGAUAUUGGCUUUGUUGUCCGCUUUGUGUCUGCUUACAGCUCAUGUCUCUGUCUUUGCAGCAAACAGAAGGCUUUAAGAAACGCUGGUUCACUCUGGACCACAGACGGCUCAUGUACUUCAAAGACCCACUGGUAUGUCGUCUCAACACACACCCACACACUACACAGAAACUCCAGUGUAUACAUCAGUCUGUGUGAUGCAUUUAGAUGAGACCUGUGCCACUGAGGUAAAGUUUCUCCAUCAGAAUCUGCUGAUGAUGGUGGUUUGUGGUGUUCGAGAUAAUUGAGCACAUAAGGGAAAUAGUAGAGGAGAAGAUUUUUCCAUUAUGCAAACAAGAGGAAGUAGAUGGUGGAAGAGUUAGCAGCCAUGCCUCAUUGGGGAGAGGGUGAUAUAAAGUGCUAUUAUUCAUCCAAGCUUUCUACAUCCAGUGUUUUUGCCAUGGCUUUAUGUUGCGCACCUCCUGAUAAUACAAUGACACACUAACCUGCGAAGUAGCUCCAUCCAGAAAGCUACAUCAGGCGCUACCCCAAAACCUUAGGUUCAAACCAGAUACAAGCACUUUGUGAUUGUGAAAUCAUGAAAGUAAGACUCUGAAUCACCAGAUGGUAGGAGUGGAAUUUUUAUGAAGGAGUUAUCACAGAGAUUUGCCUUGAGAGGGGGCGAACCUGAUUUCCCAAGACUCGGCCUAACACACAUCUGAUAGCCGAGCCUGGGGAGCUUAUCUUCGCCGCUGAUGUAACAGUUCAAUGAAGGGGUGCAAUAAUUAUAGGUGCUAAGUGACUGAGAUGUCCGUUUUACCCCCUCAGACAGAUAAAAAGGAAGAGGAAGUCUAGUGAAGUAGAUGUGGACUGGGAAUAUGUGGAGGAAGCUCAAAGAAAAUGUAAUUUGAUCACUCUGAUCGUUGAUAAAUUAUGCAUGUGAGAGGCUGUGAAUGGAGGUGCUCACAGGAGUUUGUUCACACUGCUCACUAACAGCAAGAUUAAGUCUGACAACUAAGAAGCAUCACCUUUGGUUGUAGUAGAGCAAACCAAAAAACUUCAAAGUUUUUAAAAUCUUGUUUUUAAGGAUUCUACAUCUUUACGUGUAGCUAUCUAGCCAGUCUGUCUUGAUAGCCUGUGUGGAAAAAGACAAACUAAAGAGAGAAGUGACAUUACCGAUGCUGUCUCACAGUGUCUGGAUGAACCGGUAGUGAUGUUUUAUAACUUAUUCAUACAGUUGAACAAACCUUGAUUCUCUUAUUCAAGACAUGUUCCUGGUCCUGAGAGGAACAGUGGGGGGUCUGUUGUCUUAAAUGGACCUCUGUAUCUCUGACUCACCCUCUGUGUAUUUUCUAGGACGCCUUUGCCAAAGGUGAGGUGUUUUUAGGGAACAAGGACCACGGAUACAGCGUCUCCGCCGGCUUGCCUGCUGGCACCCACUGCAAUGGUGCCUGGCAACAUGGUAUCACCAUACAAACGCCUGACCGCUGCUUCCUGUUUACUUGUGAGACGGAGAGUGACCAGCAGGAUUGGCUGAAGCACUUUGAUGAUGUGAUGAGUGCUCAGAUGUCCCCCCAGGAGUUUACAAGUAAGAGUCCUGGAAUUCAGAAAGUUACCUUUUCAGCAUGUUAGCAUGCAAGCAUUAGCUUAUCAGCCACUAACCAAUUAGUUGUUCGUUUCACGACAGAAGAUCAAAUAUAACAGUUACUGUCUAUUGUUUAAUAAAUAUUAUGUGUUUAUCUGUUGAAUACUUGAGUUUAAUAUGGUCUUUGGCAUUAUUAUGUCAUGUUUGGACAUCUGUAGCAUAGUGCGGUGUAUUUUCUUUUAAAAGAAUGGAUUUAAACCCAUUGGAAAAGUGAUUUGGCAAAGACAAGGUAUUUUAGAUGGUAACAUCCACAGAAUAAUGUUGGCAGAAAAAAAAAAAAUCUGUAUCAGGGCGAAAAAUAAUACUUUGUGCAUAUUGUGCAGAACACUGUAUACGGGAUAGGAGAACUAUGUUUGGUUAUGUGGUCAGCUUGCACAUUUUAUGAUAGGAUGAGAAGUUGUAUUUAUAAUAUAAUAUGAUACAAUAUAAUAUAAUACAAAAAAUAUAUAAAUAUAAUAUAAUAUGAUAUAAUGCAGUGUAAUAUAAUAUGGAAUGAAAUAGAAUACAGAACAGAAAAAAAUACAAUAUGCAAUAUAUUUCAAUGAAAUAUAAAGUUUAAGAGAAUAGAAAAGAAUAGAAUAGAAAAUGCAAUAUCAUAUUUUGUAUAAUAUUUGUUUUUAUUAGAAUGUAUGAUAGAGUAGCACAGAAGAGGAUACAUUAUGCAGAAUAAUAUAGAUUAAAAUAAUUCAAUUAAAUAUAUUAUAAGUAUGACAUAAUAGAGUAGAAUAGACCAUAAUUUGAUAUAAUAAUCCUAUAUAACAAUCCUUAAACUGUCUCACCAAAUGCUAAAACCUAAACUCCUUUUAUUAAAUUUGGUAAAAAUGACACAUUGUAUUAUUUGAUUUUGCAUCAGAGAGAAGUGGAUGCUAAUUAUUAAUUAUAUUAACAACAGAACUUUGACUAGAAAAUUGAUGAAACUAAAAGAAACAUAGAGGAUUUGUAGCUCCUAACAUUCAGAGUAAUGGAUCAGCUAAGUUAAAGAAGUGGCUGUUAAUAACUCUAGACUUUGUUUUCCAGUGCAGGCUCUGUUCAAGCACAGGCAUUGAUGGACCAGAGGCCUGAGGGACCAUCUCUUCUCUUCUCAGCCAUUACUGAUCUGAUACAAGACCCACGUCAGUUCAGCUUAACAGCCCAACACACUCCAUUAGUGAAAUCCAAGGUCUGAAAAUUGAAACAACACGCACGAACAACUCAUUGGUGAAUUAAAGAAUAAGAAAAACACUUCAGAGAUGGUGUAAUACAACGCACGGGGGCAAUAAAAAAAGAUCUUAUUUAAUUAUUUUACCACGUUACUCUAUUCUAUCAUACCUCUCAUGAGGCAUCACUUGUCAAUCAAAAGUAAAAUAACACGACUGGAGUUUCUAGAAUCUUUCAGGAAUUAAAAAGACCGGCUUCAAAGUUGUUUUCUUUACGAUUUAAUGAUUGGAUUAUAUUGAGCUGUUGUAUCUCUGGAUAAGGAGCUUCUUUUCUCUUUAAAAAAAAGCAUUUUUUUUUUAUAAAAGCAAACUUCUCUAUUGAUUUUCUGUAUGAUACAAGCCGUAAAACUACUCUCACGACUCAAAACAUUAAUACUAUAGCAGGAAUAUAGCAGCCAAGUUCAUGUCACUUAUUGUACUUUUUCAGUUCAAAACCUGAAAUACCUUCUUUUCUAAGCAGCCGUAUCUCACUACCUGUACAGUUUAUUUCUUCAAAUUUAUUUUUUAUUUUUAUAUUUUCUUUUAAGUCAUGGUAAAUGUUGAUUUUAUUCAUCUCAUAUAAGUGGGUUUUCUCAUGAUUUUGUUUGUCUAUAAAGCAAGAUUUGAAACUUAACUGGGAUAAAAUACCUGGAAACACAGUGAGCCUUUUCAUGGUGUAACACUGCCUCCAUGUGGCCAACACUACACACACAUGCUGGUAAAUAGGAAUAUUUUCAAGUAAGUUAUUCUUACAAAGUACAAUAACUAUAUGUUAUAGAGCAACUUUUAAAUAUUUCCCCCAUAUUAAUUGUUUGACCUUUGUUUUUGUUCUUAUGUUAUAAAACAUUGCUGACUAAAACAUGAAACUUUUGAUAAUCACAAAUAAAACUAUUUCAUAAAA